AAAAUCAGGGCUGGUCCUCUGGCAUGUUGUGCGCCUGCGCAGUCUGUUGAAUGCAUUGUUUUGUUCGUGGCAGCUGUUUUUUUUCUGUCAUAUAAUACUUAAAUGAGUGAUUGCGUGAUCCCUUUUUUGCAUGAACCAAAUGUAGUGAUUUCCUGCAGGGAAACUUCUGCUUUUGUAAAACUAGAACUAUAAUAUUUUAUUCUUUUGUUUUUGUGUUUUUAACUCAACAACAACAACAUGUUCAAACAGCCGAUCAAGAACUUCAGCAUCAACUUCAACGCUUUGAAUGAGAGGAACACCAUCUACAGCGGCGCCCUGCUGACAGGACACAUCUCCUUCGACCUCACGACGAAGACGAAGAUCACUUCCAUAACGAUGGCCCUGGGAGGAAAGGCUAAUGUCCACUGGAGCCGCGGAGGAGGAGGGAAGAAGCGGAGGAGGACAACCGUCUCUGCAAAACUGGUCUACUUUAACUUAGAAAGUGCCAUCCUGCAAGAAAACACUGCUAUUGGUGAAAAUGCAAAACUUCAGCCUGGCACGCAUGUGUAUCCAUUUACAUGUCAGUUGCCACACGGAGACUUCCCAUCCAGUUUCAACGGACCGAAUGGAAAGAUAUUGUACACCUUGACGGUGGGCAUCAACAGACCCUGGCAUAUGUCCAAGGACUUUGUGACAGAGUUGAACUAUUCAAACCGCAUUCAAACCGACCAGCCAGAGCUGCAGGCUCCUCUCGCCGGCUCCAACAUCAUGACACUGUGCUGCCUGUGGUGUGGCUCUGGUCCUAUCACAUUGUCAGCCAGUAUAGAGAAGAAAGCCUUCACCCCUGGUGAAAUUGUGAAAAUAGUUUGCAAGUUCAGUAAUGGUUCAUCUCGAAAGGCUACUCCAAAGGCGUCACUGCAUCAUAAACAGGUUUACUACACCCACAACAGGGUCAGCAAGCAUAUGAUUACGAGAAACGUGGUGUCAACGGUUGGAAUCCCCGUCAGCCCUAACACCUCUGACGUGCACGCUGAGAUCCUGCUCCCUAUUCCCCCGACCGCAUCGCUCACCAUCUCUAACUGCGCCCUUAUCGAGGCUGAUUACAUUAUUGAGAUGAGCCUCGGCGUAAGAUUUUCCCCCGACCUCACGGUGCUGUUUCCCAUCAUCCUGUGUGACACUUCUGUUGCUGAACUUUAUUCCUCACAUGAUCCCUGCCUAUGACGUGUUAGAGAGGUGUUAGACACACCCACAGAAGGAGAGCCAACAGCAGCCUGUAGUACCAUAUGCUGUCAGCACUUACACAGUAAGAAUGAGCUCAUUCAUUAAAAGGUGUUUUUAACCAC